GUCAUUCAUGUCAUCAGUCAUCACUUGGUUCAGUAAAGUUAUCUCUGUUUUUGCAAUUGAUUUAAAGUCGUGUUAAUAAGUUUUACCGUUGUUGCGGAAUCUCCUCAAAUCAGUAAACCAUGUCGGCGGAGACCGAUGCACCGUUCAAUAAUGUGGAAAUAAGUAACGAGAACCGGGAAGAGGAAGAUCUAUUCGCCUCGGCGGUACAGGAGGUCAGUCUAGAUCCUGAAAUUAAUGGUACCCAAGAUGGAUUAGAAAAGUCAACAAUAGAUGACAUUUCGGUUUCAUCACCCGCUACUAUUGGCAGUUCUAUUAUGGAGGAAAUAGCAACAGAACGUGCUAACAAUAUUAUAAUAACAAUAACCGAGCCUCAAAAGAUUGGUGAAGGGAUGAGCUCAUAUGUAGCCUACCGUGUCAUCACCAAAACAAACAUGCCAAUCUUUAGCAAAUUAGAUUUUGCGGUUCUAAGGCGAUUCUCCGAUUUUCUAGGACUUCAUGAGAAAUUGACCGAGAAAUACUUGCGCUCCGGUAGAAUUAUACCUCCAGCACCAGAAAAAAGUAUCAUGGGAACAACAAAGUUGAAGAUGUCAUCGACUCCGUCUACAGAGAGUGCUAAUGGCUCACCGUCGGUUCAAUCACAGUUUGUGGAACGAAGACGAGCUGCCCUGGAGAGGUUCCUGAACAGAGUAGCCCAACAUCCUGUACUGUGUAUUGAUCCCGAUUUCAGAGAGUUUUUGGAGUCUGACACUGAACUACCAAAGGCCACGAGUACCUCGGCGCUUAGUGGAGCUGGUAUGCUGCGACUCUUCAAUAAAGUUGGAGAAACAGUCAACAAGAUCACAUACAGGAUGGAUGAGUCCGAUCCUUGGUUCGAAGAGCGCGUGGCUCGUAUAGAGUCUCUGGAAAGCGGUCUACGGCGUCUGUGUGGGGCCUGCGAGGCGCUCGCUACUGAGAGACGUGAACUGGCGGGGCGAGCUCAUGAGGCGGCUCGGGCUAUCGCCGCCGCGGCCGCCGCGGACCCACACGCACCUCUAUCGCGAGCUCUCUCACACCUAUCCGAUCUACAUGAGAAAAUAGAACAUUUAAGGAAUGAACAAGCCAACACAGACUUCUAUGUUCUAACCGAACACAUCAAAGAUUAUCUCGGAUUAAUUGGUGCUAUCAAAGACGUGUUCCAUGAAAGAGUUAAGGUAUUCCAACACUGGCAACACUCACAAAUGCAGCUAACGAAGCGGAGGGAAAACAAAGCGAAAGCGGAACUGGCCAACCGUCCGGAGAAAAUCGAACAGGCCGCUAAUGAAAUUAUUGAGUGGGAGUCGAAAGUGGAACGCGGCCAGCAGGAGUUUGAUACAAUGUCGAGGGUCAUCAAGAAGGAACUGGAACGCUUUGAAGAGAUCCGCCUCGACCAGCUCAGAGACACGCUGCUGCGGUAUCUUGAUGAGCAUAUGAAACACCAGGCACAGGCUAUUCGGUACUGGGACGCUUUCCUUCCUGAGGCCCGCGCCAUCAAAUGAGUGACUCUAAUGGUGAAGAAAUAGCGUACGCCAAACAAAAUACCCUUUGAAUUUAUUGUAUUAAAAAUACACCCACAAUUGCAAUAUAUAACACUCAUUGACCACACUACCUUACAUUAUCUCUAAAAAAUUAUCACCAAACAAUAAUUAAUGAUUUACUUGUAUUAUAUCAUAAUAAAUACCUAAGAGAUAUACAACUGGCUAUUUUUAAACAUAUGUAUGUAUGUCCGUAUGUACUCGGUGAUAAAUGUAUAUGUUAUUGUAACAUUUUUAUCCAUUCACUGUUCUAAGUAAAUAUUUUUUUUUUUAUAAUAAUUAAGUUUACUCCAACGAUGUAUUAUUUUGGAAUUAUUGCAUUUGUUUUGAAAUUAUAUGUAUAUGUAAAUAAGAUGAUGUCGAAAAUAUGAAUAACCAACGAGGGGGGCGCACUAAACAAAUAGUGGAGUAUGGUAUGUAAGUGUAAUCUAGAUAGCACCAAGGAAUCUUAAUACAUGUGUCGGUAAGUGAUAAAUUAAUACCGUGUCUUUCCUCCUGUACAGUACUUCUAAAGCCUGGCUGUGUAAUAGAGAAGUAACUCAUUAAAAAUUAUUUUAUAUUUCAUCUGAUUAAUAACCUUGUUUUUGUCAUAUAAUUUUUUUUUUUUCAUAAUCUUAUAAACCUCCUCGGUGUUAUGAGUAAGGUAGAGGUUUUAUAUGAGGGACUAUUUAGUCACUUGUCAUUAGACUAUGGACUCUAGUUCCGCCAGCUUGAUGUAUCACAGAUUAAAUAAAUGUCCAUUGAUUUUUGUUCCGAUGUAGUCAUAAUAAAACAUUUUUUAGGAUGUAGAUUUUAUUAUUUAGUUUUAUAUUAUCAUGUACGCCAUGUCAGAAAAACCCUUACAUGAUGCAUAUGCUAAGCUUCUAUGUACUUCACUUCACAUUUCAAUAUAAGUGUCUUGUACGGAUUGAAGUUCGUUCAUCGACUUUAUUUUAUUUCAUAACUUGAACACUACCCCGCCAGCAAUAUGUAUACGAACUGGAAUCCACACAAAAUACUUAUUGUACAUUAUUUUUUAUAUUGUCACGUUAUCCUUUUUGUCACUGAAUAUGCACAAUUUUUUUUUAAACAUGGAUAAUAAUAUUUUGCAAGCGAAAACACUACCCGUAAUAUUGGAAGGAGUGGGGGGGGGUAACUUUAAUUUUCUUACUUUUUGUAUGAAUAGAAUCUAUUUAUAGUAGUCUUUAUUUUUAAAGUAUUUUAUUUUAUUCGAUGUGUUAGGAAUGUAAUCCAUUAGAUAAGAAAAAGUUACAUCUUCAUCUGAUAUUAAAUUUAAAUUAAUUGUAUUAUCUGUGCUACAGUUUUAUACAUACAGCCAAUUAAAAAAAAAAGAAUUCAUUAAUGGUCAACAAUGUACUUUUCACCUCAAAUAAAAAUAUUCCGUUUAAAAAUGUUAGUAAAUAUUAUUUACAUUAGUUAGUUAAAAUGUCGAAUCUAAUGUAUUCAUUAUUUUUUAUAUUGCCAAAUAUAUAUAGUGGUAAUUUGGUGUAACAGAGAGCUAAUUCUAAAUAAAUAUUGAAAAUAUGUUGAUUUCGAAUUAUAGAAAUUGUACUUUAUUCCAAUUAUAAAUAUUAUGUAAAUUUAUAA